AUGGAUUCAAACAAGAACAGUAACAACAUCUCUCCUGAUUACAUUGAAAUAGUAGGCGGAUCUUACAUGCAACACCAACGUCCUUUAAAUUCCUUACCAACACCUCCAAUCAUUACCACCGCCUUCAACAAUGGAGCAAACGGUAAUGGUGCUGGUGGUACCAUCACCCCUCCACCUGAUUCAAGCCGCUCUUCUGGUGCUCAACCUUUGCGAAUUGCUCCAGCUCAGUAUUCAAACAUAAUUCCAGCUAAUUAUGUAAAUAUAUCAAAUAAUAAUUUGGCCGGAUUGUCCGGAUUUCCAAUUCAAAGUAUUGCUGCUCAAUGUUGUUUGCCAAACCAACAACAAUAUUUUGCUAACGAUGUUAGUAACCAAAAUAAAAUUAUUUCGGUUUCUAAACCAAAUAUUCAGGCUAAUGCGCCUCGUGACGCAAAUAGUUCUGCACGUCCUCCAUCAUUACAUCAACAAGAAAGACCUGAAUCCAUUGUUUUCUUGUAUCAAAUUCCAAAUGAUUCAAAAAUUUAUCUUGUUAAAUGUGUUGAAGUCUCACAACUUUUAGACACUGAUUAUCAUUCGUUGGAAGGAAUCUUGCACAACAGAUCUCAACCGCAGCAACAAGUACAACAAAAUUUAAAAAAUCAUUUACAACAACAUUUACAAAAUCGUUUACAACCACAACAAUCCCAACCAUCUCAAAACCUCGCACUUUAUCAACAACAACAACAGAUUACUCUUCAACAAAACCAAAUUAGACAUCACCCUUAUCAACAACGUCAAUCACCAAAAGAAACCGUUCAUAAUACUCUUGGAGGAGGAAAAAAUGUUAAAGUACCAGUUUCUAACAACUUUCAAGCCAACGUCAAUAAUCAAGAAAUAACACAAUUUAACGUUGAUAUGAAUAACGCAGGAAACUUUGAUAUGGCAAUGAUCCCAAUGGCCGCUACACCUGGCGCCCCCUACAUGGUUACACCAUCAGCCACCCCUACAAUGAGAAACGAUCAUAUUGGAAAUAAUGUAGAAUUCAGUGUCACAAGUUUAUUGACGCAACAACAACAACAGAUGAUGAACGGAAUGCUCACUGCUGCUACCAUUUCGACGCAACAACAACAACAAGUGUUUGAUGCUCAAUUUAAAAAAUAA